AAAAUUUGUUGUUUUGCCCAAGAAUGUGAAGAAAGAUCUAGCUGAGCGUUGGAGCCUUGCGGAGAUUCUUGGGAUUCCAACCAAUGAUCCAAACCUCAGUGUCAGAAACAGACUCUGCAGGAUGAAUAUUCGAGUAUGGACACACUGUAUCCCGGCAGCCUGCCUCCAGAACUCCGGGUGAAUGCAGAUGAGCCUCCAGGGCCUCCUCAGCAAGUUGGACUUGUCUCAAUUCCAUCUAGAGCCCAAAACUCAAAAUCCAGAGACCCUGAAAGACAUCCAGUCCUCUUCACUCCAGGAAGAAGCCCCAGCACAGCUUCCACAGCUCCCUCAGGAGGUAGAACCUUCAACCCAGCAGGAGGCCCUGGCUCUGCCUCCAGAGUCCUCUGUGGAGAGUCUAGCUCAAACUCCACUGAAUCGUGAAGUGACAGUUCAACCUCCAGGUGAGGAUCAAGCUCAUUAUAACUUGCCCAACAUUACAGUUAAACCUGCAGAUGUGAAGGUUACGAUGACUUCAGAGCCUAAAAAUGAGAGAGAAUCUUCCCAAGCCCAGCAGGAGGCCCCAGUUCAGCCUCCAGAGGAGGUGGAACCUUCUGCAACCCAACAGGAGGCCCCAACUGAGCCUCCAGGUCCUCCUAUGGAGCCUGAACUUUCCCCCAGUGAACAGGAGCAGCCAGCUCAGCUUUCUGAGUCUUCUGGGGAGGUUGAGUCUUCUCCAGCCCAGCAAGAGACCCCAGCUCAGCCCCCAGAACAUCAUGAAGUCCCAGUUUCACCUCCAGGUCACCAUCAAAUGCAGCAUUCAGAUUUUCCCAAUGUCUCUGUUAAGCCUCCAGACGUGCAGCUCACCAUAGCAACAGAGCCUAGUGCAGAGGUGGAAACUUCUCCAGUCCAUCAACUCUCGGCCAGGUAAUGAUGUAGAACCUCCCACCAUCCAGCACGGGGACACACCUCUGCCUCCAGUGUCAUCAGAAGAGGCUGGACAUUUAGCAGUUCAAGAGGAGACUUCAGUUCAAUCUCCAGAACCUAUUAAUAGAGAUUAAUUAAUGAGAACCCCUCUCCGACCCAACAGGAGGCUGCAGCUAAGCAUCCACAGACCGCUGAGGAGGGCG